AUGAGACUUGCACAAGUCACAGCCUCUGCGGCGCUUUUCGCCGGCUUCGCGUUUGCCCGACAGGACGCAUGCUCGAUCGAACUUCUUAACAUCAACCAAGCCGUCGUCGACACCAAGUGCAUUCCCUUCGACACUACCAUGGCAAUGAAGGACCCAACAGGACCCGGCGGCGGUCAGCUCUACAAGGUCCACGUCAACAAUGUUUGCGGAAUCGGGCUGGAUGAUGGCCAAGAGCUGUCGAACGGAGCUUCAUUGAGAAAGAUGACUUCGGCCAACGGUAGAAACAUCACGGAGGACAUGGCCUUCCACUGGAAGUUUCGUGAGAAGUACCUACCCGUCGCCCCGACCCCUCCCCACACAGACUCGGGACUACAGCUCCAUUUGGCGGGAGCUAGCUCAAGCAACAAGGCCUACAGACCGGCAUACGUGAUGACGCAAGGAGGACCUUACACAAUCCACCGCGACGUGCUAAGAGCGCAUCAAGGCACCAGUCUUAGUUCGAAGUCGUUCGGUAUCCUCGUCACGGAGAUGGGCUACACCGAGGAAGAAGAUUACUUGAGGGAGCAGCGGGUUAUUGAGAGAAAGAAGCGGAAGAUCGAGAAAGAUGAAGAGAAGGAGAAGCGCAGGGCCUUAUGGGACCAGGGACAGGCAGCGAGUAAGCAGAAAGCCGAGGAGAAGAGGCAGCAAAAACAGGUGAUCAAGAAGGAGAAGGCCGACGAGCGGAUGGCCCUAAAGAUUCAAAGGAUGGCAGUUAAUGAGAGGGACAAGGCUAAGGUCAACACCAAGCUGGACAAGGGCUUCUUCUGUCUGAUGGCCGGCAUUUGCGUGGCUAUUCUUUGUGUGGAGGCUUUUCUCUGGUAUGGCUUUUGGUUGGUGUUCGGCUUUUGGUAG